AUGUCUGCGAAAUCGUUCUACGUGUUGAAAGCCAAGGCCGUCCCCGCCAGGUACGGCCUGUCCAAGAAUAUCCAGACUCUGCUCCAAAGCUUGGACAGCUACCAUACCGGCAGUGUCGACGUUUCAGAGCUGGGCAGGCUAGUUCGCCUGAGCCCCCGGCGCAGAGCCGCAGUCGCAAACACCAUCACUAAAUGCGCCAACAUAUUGAAAAAGGACCCCUCAGAGGUCAAGACAUGCGUCGACAUUAUAGAAAUGUGCACCGAAAUCUUGGACAUUGCCGACAGGCCGACUUCCUCGCAUGGUUUCCCGUUCAUGAAGCUGCCGAUGGAGAUUCGCGAGAGAACGCUGGAUCUAAUCAUUGACAACACGUUCCGCACGCAGGUCGUCGUGCCUCUAGUAAAGCCCUCCACCUGCAGGUGCCCCAAGUUCGAUCGAGACAACGUCUUUCAGACGUCCCAGAUGAAGUCGCUGCCCACGAUCCUGGGGCAGGCUCUCGGCCAAGAGUUCUACCGCAUCUUUUUCCGCAAGAAAAAGUUUCGCUUCAGGUGCAACUGCGAGCUUCUUGCGCACCUCGACGGCAACUCGCAUUUCCGAGAGAAUGCUCGCCACAUCAUUGUUCACUGGUGCGGUCCGCAGUCGGCAGGCGCUUUCAAGGCCUUGCAGAGGUGCGACAGGCUGGACGCCCUGUCCAUCAACAUCUCCAAGUCUACGCUGGUGCACUUGAACGACAGAGCGAGCCUGAUGCGCGCGUACUUCCCACUGGCCCAUCGCAAUGCCAGGAUGUCGGAUGUGCUGGGGUUGGAUGAGCUCCUGGAGAUCCGCGGCCUGCAACACGUUCAUGUUUUCCACAUUCAGCCAAAGAGUAAUUCGCACAGCGUGGAGAUGGACAGAGCUUGUCUCUGGGACCUAUUGUCGAGUAGGCUGACCUUGCCGGCGGAUGCGAUUGCGUCUUAG